AUGGAGCAGGCACAGCGGCCGCCGGACAAUGUGAUGGGUGUUAUGCGUUGUGCUGUUGAGCGGGGUCGCAAGUCAUUCGUUGCGUAUAAGAAACGUUUUUGGGUUGUUGAUGAGACACAAGGCCGUUUAGAGGUGUACAAAAAUGAUCAAGAGCCGGUACCGCUAGAUAGGUUCUGCGCAUCAGAGGUGCGUGGAGUCAUUAUAUCUGGUGACAGACAGAACAAGUUUUAUGGCCUUGUACUGCAACUUCGGCGUGGCCAAAACAUCAAACUCCGACUUAGCUCUCUGGCGGAACGGGAUAGGUGGUAUGCCGCAAUCACUCGUCUCAUCGAACGAUGCUCCACGUACAAUCGUGACUAUAAUCUGUUGCGCGUCGCGCAACGGAGAACGCUGGUGGCAGGGCGUUUAUUAGGGGUGAACAUUACUUUGGCCGUUGCACGAUUAAGUGAUAUCCCUGAUGAUCUUCUUCAGUACCUGGUGGAAGCCGUUGAUGUUGCCAUCGACACAAUCUCCGCGGCGGUCCAUGCAUACGGUGGUGAUGUGGAGGUGCCACGGCGGUACACGAUCACAGUAGAAGCGGGCCAGGAUCGUAUUGAUACGGGCCCACAGUAUGACCCAACUACAGGUAGUCUCCUGCUAAACGUGUGGAUUUCACGAGAUGUAACAGGUAACGUUCGCUUCAAUGUUGCGGAUUCGGCGGAAGUGAUGAAAAUGACGCAGUCACACGUGUGGCGUGAACCGCGGAUCGAGGGGUGGAUCACAACAAAUCCAAGUUGCGUUGCUGUUUGCCGUGAAAUUGGUGAAAUGCUCGGAAGCAGGAACUUUUCAUUUUCAUUCCAGUGGGGCCAAAACUUACGGGAUACGGAGAGGGUUGAACAAUAUUUGCAUCAGUACGUUCAUGAGGAUUUUUUGCGUGCAAUUCAUCGGAAUAUCGUCGAGGUAGUGGAGGAUUUCAGACGCUCUGAUACAGACGCUGACGAUUCGUGCUAUCUCAAGUACAUUGGGGACUUUGUUUCUGGAAUAGCUAUUGUUCUGGAUGAAUCAACUGUAAAUGCGGGGAAGCCACCUCUACUGCGUGUAACAACUACGGUUGAGUACCAGCGGCGUUGCAGGCACGCAGUGGUGCUGAAGUCGAAAUACUUUGAAGUGUACCGGACGCAGCGUGUGCUGACCAAGUCAUUGAGGUUGCAACUUGUAGAAGUUAUUCUCCUAGCAGACCUGAGCAAGCGGCUGAGUGACAGUAAAACUGCCCUAACUCAAGCCAUUGGAGGCAACGAAUGUGUGCGUAUUAUAUGGGUUAACUUAUUUCGCUCGUUUGCAAGCGUUGGCGCUCAGCUACCUCAAUUUAAGUUAUCUGAUGUGGUCACUUCCAUCACUAACACUUAUUUGACCCGUCUAGAAAGCCUACAGCAGUUGGGGUCACUUGAGCUACCGUACGCUGGAGUGAAACCGCUUUACGCAUCACUUUUUUCCAAUGUCACCACUCUUGUCGUUGAUUUUGUGCCAUUUAAGGAGGACGACGUUUCCCAACUGCCGGAGCCAAAGGUUCACGACGGUAUAUUGACGGAUUACAUUGUCUGCUGCACAGCCGCUCAACAACGUGCUAUGAUGAAUUUCAUUUGUUCGCGAAGAGGUGUACCUCAGAUUGAUCGAGCCUAUGUGCUGUUGAAUGGUCUUUUUGCUUUUCCUUCGAUGCCCGCAACUACCUUCAAGGAGUGGUGCGAGAAACAAGCAUUUAAUGGCGUGGAGGGAUACAGUGGGGCGAAUGACGAUGAUUCUAGCUCCCGCUCUUCUGGAGGAAGUGAUGACUUGGGCGAUGCUGUGGCGUUUGAGCGCAACGCGGAGGCACAAGUGCUCGAUCUGCACCGUGUUGUGAGUACAAUCUACGACUCGCAAGGUGCUGCCGUACACCUUAAGAUCGGUGCGGAUUCUAUCCGUGAUGCUAUCGAAGCCCUCGAACAGGCAUUUGACGGACGUCAGAUUCGUAAGCACGAUUUGGUGCGUGUACUUACAGCCAAUCUACGUCGACUACGGGCUAUUUAUAGUCAUGCUGUUGGAGGUGAAGUGAUGACUCGUCUCGACUUAGAUGCGGCAGGACGGCUUCUUCGUUCUCUCUGUGAAUACAAGGAAAGUGAACAAGGCCUUGAUGAGUUGCUUCAGCGAUGUGCCCAACAACGACAGCAGGCCGUGAGGCUGGGAAGCAGUGACUCGGUGCCCCAAGAAAGAAGAUCGCUGUCCUGCAGCGCAUCGGAAAGUAUCUACGAUUUUCAAUGUGUAUCGCAAGUGGCGCUAAACUAUGUUCUACCACGGGAGGUGAAGCUAGCCCGUAAAGCGUGGCGCGUCGGUCUUGUUGCGGGUCUUCAGGAUGUUGGAAAAACGCUGAUCCUCAACUCUCUUCACGGUGUCAUACAACCGACAUUUCCAACAAUUGGACUUUCCCAGAGAGUAAUCGCUUUUGAGGAGUGGGUGUUUGCGAUGCACGAACUCGGUGGUCGAGAGAGUUUUCGUGAGAACUGGCGCUACUACGUUGAACGCAUGGAGGAGGUCGAUUUCUUGUUCUUUGUCGUAGACAGUAUGAACAAACGCGCCUUCAAAUAUGCCUCCAAUUAUCUGCGUGAGAUUACCAAUUAUUUCGUGAAUACUCCCCUUGUUGUGUUGUUCAACAAUGUCCGUGUAGGCGUUAGAGGCGUUUCCUUGUUGGAUCACUUGUCAGGUGCUGUUAAACUGGACAAAAUAAAAAAACGGCAGCCAGAGAGAUUCAUCAUCGUUGGGACAUGUGAUAUUACUGUGGUGAGCUCGUCGCACCGCACAAUUCCUCCGACACUUCUUGAAACUAUGCAGCGUCUUGGGGAAUAUCUACGCCAAGUGUCACCACCGGAGCGAACGCCCAGCGAACCAAAGAAGGGAUCUGGAGUUGAAUACACAACGACAUAG